UCCGAGUCAAGUAUACGGACAUAGACUACAUGGUAUACACUGAUGCGGCUAGAGCUGUGUAUAGCGGAGGCAGCCCUUUCGAACGGCACACAUAUCGCUAUACGCCGCUACUAGCUUGGCUGUUGGUACCUAACAUAAGUGUACACAUCACCUUCGGCAAGGUGCUCUUCUCGUUGUGCGACAUGGCGAUUGGUUUCAUGUUGUACCGGAUGCUGAAGGACGCUGGUAAGAGCCCCUCGACGGCCAGCAAGUUGUCGGCGACGUGGCUUCUAUCACCUAUCACAUUGAAUGUCUCAACGAGGGGCAACGCGGACUCCCUCAUUUGCUUGAUGGUCGUCGCCACACUUUACCACAUCCAACGAGGGGAGUGGAUUCGGAGCGCCCUGUGGUUCGGCCUUAGUGUGCACAUGAAGAUCUUCCCUGUUAUCUAUGCUAUCCCAUUGGUCAUGUACCUCAAUCCGGACUUCCUAGCAUUCAGUCGAGUGGACUUGUUGAAGGCGAUCAAGCUUAACAGCAAACAAAUAUGGUAUACAGUCAUCAGCGCUGGACUGUUCUUCCUCCUGCUUGCGGUACUCUAUUGUGUGUAUGGUUGGGAAUUCUUAUACGAGACGUACCUCUACCAUUUCGUCCGAAUAGAUCAUCGCCAUAACUUUUCGAUCUUCUUCUAUUUGAUGUACCUGUCAGCAGAGACCCCCUCGAUAGCUCUAUCGGUGGUUACGUUCAUCCCACAGUGGGUGGCAGUCCUCGCUGUUGGAUGCGGAUUUAGUAGAACCAGCCUCAACAUGGGCAGCUUCCUCCAGACUCUACUCUUUGUGGCUUUCAACAAGGUGUGCACGGCACAGUACUUUGUAUGGUAUCUCGCUCUGCUACCAUUGGCGUUGGGCCAACUCAAGCCCACUGUGAGCAAAACUUGGCUACUGGCACUUGGAGUAUUGUGGCUGUCAACUGAAGGUCUCUGGUUGUUCUUUGCGUAUGAACUCGAGUUCGAGGGAAGGAAUAC